AUGGCUCCUAGGAAUAAUAGGAAGUCCUCCCGAAUCCUCACUUUCAUCGAAGGUACCUUUGAAGUGUGCGGCAAAUGGAAGUUUGCCCACGAUAUGCGUCGCUGGGAACUGCGCCGUCACGGGAGAACGGUCUCUCCUGUUUUGGGACCUUGGUUUGAUACCCUUCUUGCGCUGGAUGCUCGCCUGCGCAAGAUCGUCGAGCGCCAGGCGGUUGUGGAGGAGCAGUAUGGUAAAAUGGAGGUGGAGAUCAACUGGGCUGCCGGUGAUCAAGGGGACGUGCAGGGGUGGGAGAAGCAGCUAAACGAAUGGAGGUCCGAGUUAACCUCCCUGCAUCAGCAGUACUGGUCUUUGGAAUAUGAUAUUUAUGACCAGGAAACCGUGUGUCCCGCUCCAGCUAUCCGGCGCGCUUUUGUCGCUUUCCGGGAGAAUCCCGAGCGGUAUCUGUUUCCCUGGCUUUGCGAGGACUGUGCGAGAAGAGGAGGGGAUUGUGAUUUUGCCUGUGGUUGUAGUGAGGAUGCACACGCUCAAAUCAGGAGAGGGUGCGGCUGCGGCUGGAAGGCUCGUGGAUAUGAUUUGGAUGUGGAGAUGCGGAGAUUGUCCGAUCCCUCUUUUGACUUGAGUGGUCUCCCUCGCGAGACUUUCAGUCUCUAUCUGAUGCGGGCUUAUGUCUGGGGUCGAGGCGAUGCUGGUGCCCCGUCAUGUGUGGAAUCCUCCGGGAAGCUGGAGACCUAG